AUAAAUAAUGCUAUUAAAUUUACGAAAUGACAUAAAUGCUUAGCAUUUCGUCAAAAGUACCCUUCAGUGGCAUACAUGGAAGAGCUUCUUUGUUUGCAAAAAGAGAGGAAUCCCUGCCGUUUGUUAUCAUCAUCAUCUGACGGGGCCCAGUGGAUGGGCGGUGAUGGAUGGGUGAGCUACCACUGCGGUCAGCUUUACCGUUGGCGAGGUGGCGGGGAUUUUAAGGCAUAUGGAGGGGUAGUUUGAGAAAUACGAAAUAUUAAUCGGAGAUGUUAUGUCAAAGCCCUGCAAACCGAGGUUUUAGCGUCUUUGGCUUUCGAGCCGAGAAGACUUCUGACAACUUCUAUGGUUCAUCUGUUCUCCGUGAAUUGGCGACAAGAACAAGUCUUUGUUGAUUUCGUGGGGUGGACUCGAGAAGCUUGUUUUUUGUUUGAGGGAUUCAACUUCGACUACUGCUGUCCAGGAAGCAUUCAUUUCUUUAGCUAGACUUUUUUUGGUUGGGGCAUCAAAUUCAACAUCCUUGAAAUGAAACUUGCAAAGUUUGAUGUUAUCCAAACUGUGACUUUUGUAAAUAAUCAAACCUCAAAACAUAGGAUGGUGACAAAGAAUCCAAUUAGACUACCUGGAAACAGUGGAGGUAGAAAUUGGGCGGUGAAUAAGCGUUCUUCAAGCUUCACCUCAUCCAAGAGUGAUGCGGCUGCUCAAGAGCUGGGGAUACCUUUAAAGGGGGAUGGGUUCCAAGGAAAAGAGAAAAACUCACUUCCUAAUCGGAGUGGAAGUGCACCACCUAGCAUGUGUGGUUCUUUAGCUUCGCUAAGGAGCCUAAUGGGCGAACCGGACUUCGCUUUGGAUAGGAACUUGGGAAACUUGAGCAAUAUUAUUGAGGGCUGUGAAUCAGAAGCAAAGCUUCUUACUGAUUUAGCCAGCUAUAUGUACCAUUGCUCAAAUGCAUCUCUGAAUCCUGGCUUUGCUUCGUCUUCCAUUUCACAGGAAUCUCAAUUGGCGGUGGACCUCAUGGGUGGCUUGCAGGAUAAUUGGAGACUGCCCUUAUUUUAUGAUAGUGACAAAGAAUCCUUGCCUACUUCAAACUCUAUGCGUGCUGCUCGUAAAGAGGAACCUGAUGACAAUUGUUCACCCAAACAAGAAUCUGAUGAUCGUUCUCGUAGGAACUCUGAAUUUGCAUCUGCAGGAUUUAUGACUCCAUCAAAAGUUCAUCAAUAUCGCGAAAGUCUAGUGGAUCUGAUUCAGGAGGAUUUUUCCCAUGCCCAAAAUUUUGUGUAUUAUAAUCAAUCUCAGAUGACGAAUCAUGUCGCAACAGAAGUUGCUGAUUUUGAUGCCAGUGUCAAAUCUUCUUCUGCUGAAAUGGUUAAAAUUUCAGAGCUGAAAGCCACAGUUGAUGUUUGCUCCAGGUCACCUAUUCUAUGUCCUAGUUCAACAUGUUCUAUACCAAGUUGCGAUGAUUCAUCUGUGUAUGAUUUGUCAGUAUCAGCUUCAUGUUCAUUGUCUCCCAACAGAAGUGCAAGCCCCCAUUCGCCUCUAAAUAAAGAUUUGACUGCUGAGAAGGCUAAACUAGCCAGUGGUGUCAACGUUUGCGGUGUUUCUGACUCAAAUAUUUGGGAUACCAAAUCUAGUACAAACAGUGCAGGGACAUCAAAUGACAAGCAUUUAAUUAAUUAUUCCUGGCAACAUCCUCAACUAAAUGGUUCACAUCAAGGAAGCUUGAUGUCUCGUCAGUCUCAGAUUGCUACACAAGGAGUUCAGUUCUCCAACAACCCUGUCAUUCCUUUUCCUCACAUACAGACAAAGAUGACUUCAACUGAAGCUGGACGAGGACUGCACACUAGUGACAUUAAUCUACAGUCACAUGGAAUUGGCGCUCAUGGAGCCACUUACCACCCUAAUUUGCACCCAUCUGGCUUAUUCACUCCUCCAUGUAACAUAAGUGCAUAUGCUUUGCCUGCCUCAGUUAUGCCACCAUUUGUAACUGGAUAUACUCCUCAUAGUGCCCUCCAUUUUUCUUUAGAUAAUCCUGUCAGCCCUUACAUUAGCCCUAGGAAUUGUGGAGUUUCCAGCGGUGGAAAUAUUACUUUUGGAGUUGAUUUGCAGCAUUUCUAUAACUUGCAUGGACAGCUGAGGGUCACUAUGCCACCAUUUGAAGAUCCUGUGUGCAUGCCGUAUUUUCAACGUCCUGUGGGUUCAUAUUCGUAUGCAAAUCAUUAUGGUUCCAUGGUUUCAAGGGGAUCUGCAAUUGGAAGCAUGGCUGAUUUUUAUGGUCCACAGAAAGGGCUGAUUCCAGCUGUAUAUUCACCUGAUCCAAGGCUUAACUUGAGUGCAACAGGUGCUGGCAAUCCAAAUCCUAGUAGAGAUCCUUUUGCAAGUCCAACUUACUAUGGAAGGCCACCCAAUAUUGGUGUUGCCAUGCAAUAUCCAACAUCUCCGGUUGCUUGUCCUGUGUUUCAGCAAUCACCUGUUCCUGGUGGAUGUUUUUCAGGAAGGAAAAGCGAGAACAUGAGGUUACCUUUCUCUGGGAAAAAGUCAGCCACUUCUUGUUGGCAAGGACAAAGAGUCCAUGAGAAGGUUGGCAAUAUGAAAUCACAUUCUUUCCUACAAGAGAUGAAAUCUAGUAAAGGUCAUAAAUUUGAGUUAUCUGAAAUUGUUGGACACAUUGUUGAAUUCAGCGGCGACCAACAUGGGAGUCGAUUUAUUCAGCAGAAGUUAGAAACCUGCAGUGUUGAAGAGAAGGACUCUGUGCUUGAAGAAGUUCUCCCUCAUACUUAUACACUAAUAAUUGAUGCAUUUGGGAACUAUGUUAUGCAAAAGUUCUUUGAACAUGGAAGCCCUGAGCAAAGGAAGCGACUUGCAGAUCAGCUUGUAGGCCAUGUACUGCCGUUGACUCUCCAGAUGUGUGGUUGUCGUGUAAUUCAAAAGGCGCUUGAGGUCAUUGAGCUUGAUCAGAAAGCAAGACUUGUCCUUGAACUUGAUGGAAAUGUGUUGCAAUGUGUACGUGACCAAAAUGGAAACCAUGUAAUUCAGAAGUGCAUUGAGUGUAUGCCAACAGAAAGAAUCAGUUUCAUUAUUUCAGCAUUCUGUGGUCAAGUUGCGACACUUUCAACCCAUCCAUAUGGUUGCCGGGUUAUCCAGAGACUGCUGGAGCAUUGUACUGAUGACAUGCAAACUAGUUGUAUUAUGGAUGAGAUUCUGCAAUCUGCUUGUUUCCUUGCUCAAGAUCAAUAUGGCAAUUAUGUCACCCAGCAUGUUCUGGAGAGGGGAAAGCCCCAUGAAAGGAGCCAGAUAAUUUGUAAAUUAGCUGGGAAAAUAGUGCAGAUGAGUCAAAAUAAGUUUGCAUCUAAUGUUAUUGAAAAAUGCUUGGAGCAUGGUGAUACUACCGAGAAAGAGGUCUUGAUUGAAGAAAUACUGGGACAAACUGAAGGAAAUGAUAAUUUACUGAUAAUGAUGAAGGAUCGAUUUGCAAAUUAUGUGGUUCAGAAGAUUCUUGUAACAUGUUCUGAUAAACAGCGUGAAAUUUUGCUCAACCGCAUAAAACUUCAUGUACAAGCUUUGAAGAAGUACACCUACGGGAAACACAUUGUUGCUCGGGUGGAGCAGUGGCUUGGUGAAGAAGGUCAAGAUCUCAAUUCUUGAGAUAUGCAGAUGAAAGGCCGCGCCCCAUGACCUGUGGCUCUACUGUGUUUAUUGGUCUAGCGUGGCGGGAGACCUGAACAAUUUGACCAGGAGGAUGCGGGUGAUGGUGAUGAAGUAUAAAAACUGCUCAUAAGUCAUUGCUGGUAAACAAGCUUCAUAAGGUAACUGCUUUAUACUUGUACAGGUUAAUUCAUCCUUGGGCAUCUUGUAAGUUUCAGAAUAGCCUAGUAGAAAAUAUUGUUUGUGUUCCUGCAUUAGUUUGUUAAGUGGUGUGAUAUAUUAUGCACAAUUUAGCAUACAAAAAUUUAGUUUAGGUGCUUGUUCAGAGGUGCUGAUGAUACCUUACAUGGAGUGUAUGAUCAGAUUGGUUUUAUAAUUUGCCCUCCUUA